CUGGCGCGGCUCAAAAAACUGUCGCUUUUGAAAAUUCUCUCUCUCCCUCUCUCUCUCUCUCUCUCUGUGUCUGGGCGGAUACAGUUUCAAUGUGGGCUGCAGCAGCAUUAGGGCGAUCACCAUCUCUUAUUCCGGAGAAACCAUCAGAAGCAUUCUCCAAAUGGAGAUGCUUCACUCCAUAUCUGAGGCCAAAACCAAGAAGAUGGUCCGAGUUAUCUCAUCCUCUGUCCAGGAGGUUCCAAGUUGCUGGGGUGAAGAAGCCUCUUCCACCAUCACCACCAACAUCAUCAUCAUCAUCAUCAUCAAUCCUGGGAGAUCGUCUUGACUUGGGUUGGUUGCCUGCUUUCCCACACGUUCUCACCGCAUCUAUGGCUAAUUUCCUUUUCGGCUAUCACAUUGGGGUGAUGAAUGGCCCUAUAGUCUCCAUUGCACGGGAGCUCGGAUUUGAAGGCAAUCCCCUUCUCGAGGGUCUUGUCGUGAGCAUAUUUAUAGCUGGUGCAUUUAUUGGAAGUUUAAGCUCUGGCUCCCUAGUUGAUAAUCUUGGUUGUCGGCGCACACUUCAAAUUACUACAAUACCAUUGAUUCUUGGGACGCUUUUGAGUGCACAAGCACACUCUUUGGAUGAAAUGCUCUGGGGACGAUUUCUUGUUGGUCUCGGCAUUGGUGUGAACACAGUCCUCGUCCCAAUUUAUAUUUCGGAGGUUUCUCCAACAAGAUACAGAGGCUCAUUGGGAACAUUAUGUCAAAUUGGGACAUGCCUAGGAAUAAUUGUGUCACUGCUUUUAGGAAUUCCUUCUGAAAAUGAUCCACAUUGGUGGAGAACUAUGCUGUAUAUUGCAAGUUCACCAGCUUUUCUUCUCAUAUUUGGUUUGCAGUUUGCUGUCGAGAGUCCUCGCUGGCUAUGUAAAGUAGGGAGAUAUAAUGAUGCUAAGAGAAUUAUCUAUGGCCUUUGGGGUGAGUCUGAAGUUGAAAAAUUCCUUGAAGAAAUUCAAUCUGUUAUCAGAAAUGAUGGUAGUGAUACAGAAAGUAGCUGGUUGGAACUCGUGGAGGGGCCCCACAAGAGAGUAGCUUUAAUUGGAGGGGCUCUCUUUGUACUUCAACAAUUUGCUGGCAUAAACGGAAUUCUUUAUUUUUCAUCAUUGACAUUUCAUGAUGUUGGGAUUACAAGCGGCGCUUUAGCAAGCUUAUUUGUAGGGCUUACCAAUUUUGCAGGGGCAUUAUUUGCUCUAUACCUAAUGGAUAAGCAAGGGAGAAAGAAACUUCUAAUUGGAAGCUACUUAGGGAUGGCGGCUUCAAUGUUUCUUAUAACAUAUUCUAUUAGUUCUCCAUUAGAUGAACAGCUAAGUCACUUCCUACCAGUACUUGGAACCCUCGUGUACAUCUUCACCUUUGCCGUAGGUGCUGGGCCAGUAACUGGUCUUAUUAUACCAGAGCUAAGCAGCGCCAGAACCCGUGCAAAAAUCAUGGGCUUCAGUUUCUCAGUUCAUUGGGUUUGCAAUUUUUUGGUGGGGCUGUUUUUCCUGGAACUGGUGGAUAGAUUUGGAAUCAGUGCUGUCUACGCAAGCUUUGGUGGGGUUUCUGUUCUGUCAGCAUUAUUUGCUAAGUAUUUUGUAGUUGAAACAAAAGGGCGUUCUCUGGAAGAAAUAGAAAUGAACUUAUACCCUGAUUUUCCAACUAAAGGUGAGUAAACCAGCAUUUAUCGAAGAAUGUAGAAUAUAGUCAUUUCUUUAAUUUACUUUUUUUAUUUAA